CGCGCGCAGGGAAUCAUGUUUCCGCGCGCAGGGAAUCAUGUUUUCUGCGCGCAGGGAAUCAGGUUUCUUUGAGGGAGGAGUCGGCUUUAUGAAUUGAGACAAGGAAAUCAGUAAAUCGUCAUAAACAGAAGAAAAAUGGCUACUUGUAUACAUUUUUUCAUUAUAGUAUUGUGCGCUAUCUGUUCCGUUACUGACAAUAUCGAGGAUCUGAAUUUAUAUUUUUUGGAGCUGGAUGACUGUUUAGAACAAGUUCAACAGGCAUUAGAUACUAAUGAUUUUAAUACAUUUGACCAUCUACAUCGUUUACUCGAAGAACAUGUAAGGAUUUUGUCAACUUUAGCAUCCGUCCUGGACAGUUGUGAAGGAGUGGAUCAAGUAUGUUUGCUGAUAAAUAGAUUAUUUGACGCUGUGAGGACAGUGUAUGGUGAAGUUGACCAAAGAUUGGCUCCUCGAUCCCAAUUUGAAUUUCUUUUCAACAGCCCCCUUGAAAGCACAAGAGGUCGCCCAAGAUACUGCAUAACCAAAGAUCAACUACAGCAACUACGUGCAGCAGGAAUGCCAUGGUGUUCAAUUGCAGCUUGCCUCUGCAUAAGUGAGCGGACACUGUUUCGCAGAAGGCAGCAAUAUGGAAUGACAGGAGAAAAUUAUGCCAACAUCUCAAAUAGUGAACUGGAUAAUAUUAUAAGGGAAAUCCUGAGAGAAACGCUGAAUGCAGGAGGCAACUAUGUUCAAGGUGGUGUCCUAGCCAGAGGAUUAAGAGUUCAGAGAAGGAGAAUUAGAGAUCGAUUAAAUGCCCUGGACCCAGUUCAUUUAUGGUAG